CAAUGGCUCAAGAGGCGUUUCCUUUACAUUAUAUGGUGUGGAACAAUCAAUAUCUGGAACUGGACCGCGAGCUACAGAAAAAGCAGCAGGACAUUGAACGGUUGGACCCACGCGGGCGCACACCACUUGAGCUCGCGGUAUGCCUCGGACAUCUGGAAUCAACCAGGGUGUUGCUGCGACACAACGCGGACCCCACACACUGCAACGCACAGGGCUGGACAGUUUUGCAAGAGGCCGUGAGCACCGGAGAUCCAGAGCUGGUGCAGCUGGUUCUUCAGUACAGAGACUUUAAACGGGCUACAGAACGACUGGCUGGCAUUCCAGAGCUUCUGAGCAAACUGAGACAGGCUCGGGAUUUCUAUGUGGAGAUGAAGUGGGAAUUUACCAGCUGGGUGCCUCUGGUGUCCAAGGUUUGCCCCAGUGACGUGUACCGCGUGUGGAAGAGUGGCUCGUGUCUGCGCGUGGACACCACGCUGCUUGGCUUUGAGCACAUGACUUGGCUAAAGGGGCGCCGUAGUUACAUUUUCAAAGGUGGAGAGAGUGGAGCAAUGGUGAUGGAGGUGGAUCAUGAGAAACAGGUGGUGUAUACAGAACCUCUGUCUCUGUCCCCGCGAGAUGCUCCAUCUCUCCUUGCAGCCAUGCUUCCCUCACAGGAGAACACAGCACAGAGGCUUACCUCACCCAUCGUCUCCACACACCUCAACACACGCAACAUCGCCUUCGAAAGGAAUAAGUCUGGUAUUUGGGGUUGGCGUUCGGAGAAGACAGAGGUUGUGAGUGGCUACGAGGCAAAGGUUUACAGUGCCAGUAAUGUAGAGCUGGUGACUCGAUCUCGCACAGAACAUCUGUCUGACCAGGACAAGUCCAGGAGCAAAGGUUCUAAAACCCCUCUCCAGUCAUUUUUGGGAAUAGCGGAGCAGCAUGUGGCCCAUAAUGGGAGUCAGGUGUCUCAGUGUGCCAGCCCCCAUAACCCCACGGCCAUAACGGCGGAGGAAUAUUUCGACGCCGAGUUCAACCUGAAUGGACGAGAUAUCGGCCGACCCAUUGAGCUUACCAGCAAAGUGCAGAGGUUUAAGGCAACUCUGUGGUUGAGUGAGGCUCAUCCUCUCUCACUGGCUGAGCAGGUCACGCCCAUCAUCGACCUCAUGGCCAUUUCCAAUGCUCACUUUGCCAAACUGAGGGACUUCAUCACCCUGCGCCUGCCGCCCGGGUUCCCAGUUAAGAUAGAAAUCCCACUGUUCCAUGUGUUGAACGCACGCGUGACCUUCAGUAACCUUUGUGGUUGUGAUGAGCCAGUCAGUUCUGUCACCGUUCACACGCCGCAUGGACCAUCCGAGACUGGUCAGUUACCCCCUCCACUACAUUGUGAAGUGGACCAGUCCGUAUUUGAGCCCCCCCCGGACUACACCACGCUUGGACCGGGCCGCAGCGAGCCGCUGAGAGACGAGGACGACAACCUCUUGCAGUUUGCCAUCCAGCAGAGCCUUUUAGACGCUGGCACAGAGAGCGACCAGGUGACUAUAUGGGAGGCCCUGACCAACACGCGCCCUGGUUCCCAGCCACCGCAGUAUGAGGAGGACUCUCAGCUGGAGAGGGCGAUUCAGGAGUCUCUGUCUCUCUCUCUGAGCCCAUCAGGGUUACCUUCUGACCCCGCCCUUCACUCCUCUCCCUCUUACAGCUCAUUGGCCGAGCCUCGGGGAUCGGCUACGUUUGCCGUAGCAACCAGCUUUGACGAACAGCUGCGCAUAGCGAUGGAGCUCUCUUGUCGAGAGCAGGAGGAGCUGGACAGGAAGAGGAGGGAAGAGGAGGAGGAGCUUGAGAGGAUACUACAGCUGUCACUCACAGAGAAGUAACCAUAGCGACAGUAUAGGCGGG